CUUCUUCUUCUCUCCAGGCUCAACAGACUCGCCGAGGCACCAGGGGCGGUUUUGGUGGGGAGUGUGAUUUAGCAACCGGCCUGCCGUCCUGUGCCGUCUUCUAGUGGACGGUGGAUGGGGGGUUUUUGCUGCUGCUUUCUCUCGUCUCUCGUCUUCAGACGCGUGCUUCCCGUGUGGCGAACUCGGGGACGGAGGUAUUGUUGCACCGUUUCACUACGCAUGUUCUGCUUCCCCCGGCUCGGAGUGGGUGGUAGUUCUGCCUCAUCCUGGAAUGGAAUGCAAGUGUACGGAUACGCAGUAUUACUAGGCAACGGGGUAACAUUGGGACCGGUAAGGAAAGGAAAGGGAAACAAAGCCCACCGGAGCUGAAACUCUGCCUGAAUCCAAUCCUCGGAGCCGGGCGCUUGUGUACCUAUCUAAGCCUCCUUCAGCAUGUUGAAUGUUAGAGCAGUACCUUUAAGGAAUUGGCAACUCGCCCCGGGAACACAAGU